AUGAGCAAAUUUGCUCUACAAAAAGCGCGUAACAUGCUGAAAAGGUAUAAUCCCAAGAAACCGCAUAAGUGGGGUUAUAAAUUAUAUGUUUUGAGUGGUGUUUCCGGUUUUGCUUAUACAAUAGAGAUUGAAUCUGGCAAAGAGAAUGUUGUCAGACCCGACGAGCCAGAUUUAGGAGCUUCUUCCAAUGUAGUAGUGAGAUUAUCGCGUAUGAUUCCGCGACACCAAAAUUACAGGCUCUAUUUCGAUAACUACUUCACAUCCUUGCAUCUUUUGGAAUAUUUAGCAAAAGAAGGUAUUCUUGGGCUAGGUACUAUUAGAAGGAAUAGAAUACCUGACUGCAAGCUGUCGUCAGAAAAAGAGAUUAUGAAGAAAGAUCGAGGAUAUUCUGAAGAGUACAUAGCUGAUGUCAACGGCGUCGACGUGUCAACGGUUGUAUGGAAGGACAAUAAGCUUGUUACAUUGGCUUCCACAUUUGCUGGUCUAAAUCCUAUAAGCGAAGUCCGGAGAUACGACAAAAAGAACUCAAGAUACAUAAACAUCCCGCGACCUAAUGUUGUGAGCGAGUAUAACCGUCAUAUGGGCGGUGUGGACCUUGUAGAUAGCAUUAUGGGCAUCUACAAGAUAAAACUGAGAAGCAAACGUUGGCAGAUGCGUCUCUUCUAUCACUUCUUAGACCUAACAAUGGCUAAUGCAUGGCUGUUCUAUAAAAGAGUCUGCAAGUAUAAAAACAUUCCCAACAAGACCAUCAUGGCAUCUGCAGAUUUUCGCCUGGAAAUUGCCGAAACAUUGUGCAAGAUGGGGGUGAAAACGGGUUUAACAAUACGCCGAUCUAUUGAAGGUCAAAUCCUAGCAAAGAAACACAAAGGACCUGCCCAACAUGUACCUCCACAAGCAGUCCGCCAAGAUCAAGUCGGUCACUGGCCUCAAUGGGCAGAAAAAAAAAUCCGUUGUAAGUUCCCAAAGUGUGCUGGAUUUACUCAUACGGUGUGUGAUAAAUGCGGCGUAGCUUUAUGUUAUACCAAAAACAAAAAUUGUUUCAGGAAUUUCCAUCUGUUGUAA